UUCUCUCGGCCCAGCCUGAAAUUUGCUAAACCUGAUGCGUGUUCGAAACCAAGGUGAGCAAAUAUUCAGGUGUGUCGACGAGCGGUCACAUUCGUCGCUCCUCCUUCUGGGGGUUAGUUUGGUUAUGCAGGCAUACAGGCACACGGGCACUAGGCUUCGUGGCUCCACACCUUCGGCACCGAAUGGCUUCCUGUACGCUGAUGACAAUACUAACAGUACAUUAGGUGUGGCGCACCACCACUUGAAAAUGUCAUCAGAGAUCUCAUGUUUGGUGGGGGAAGCACGAUUAUUUCUCAUUUACUAUCCAAAGCAAAGUUGUUGCCCAGGUACAGCACGCUUCUUGCUGCAAGUCACCAUUGGACCAUCCAGCGGAGUGCUCAAGUCGGCAGCACCGGUACCGCAAAUAGCAUUCCAAUUUCCUACUUCCUGCCACCUUCUGCCACCGUCACCUGCUACACAGUAUCUCGGUGUGGUGACAGUUCACCACGAACCAUCAUCAUUCGGAUAUAACCUUACCGAGAAAGCUUUAACCCCCGCGCAGCGGACGGAGUAGACAUUCAGUAUCUAUAGAUUGGAGAACGACAAACACCAAGUGGAGGUGUGGGGAAUACUAGGGCAAUAUCACAUACUGUGUGUUAGGCUCCAGAAACACCCGUUCAAGCUAAAAUGUUGUAUUGCACGCAACGCAUGCAGAGCGAAGACAGGCAAAAGGAUGUUAGAAAAGUAAUUUCCGCUUUCACUAUCUGCACAUAAAGCAUCGAAGGCACUAAGAACGAGUCCAGCAAUGACUGUCACAUUUUUCAGGAAAAGCGGAUUUUAAUGCCACGUGCUUCUGCGUUGAUACUUCGUUGGAGAGACAGGACGUGGAAAUGUAGCUCACGCUCGCUCAAAAAGGCAAAAGAAAACCGAUUAACACACGCCAUGAACAUGACUCCAUCAACUAUCGAUCUUCAAGUAACGGCUCCACUAUCUCACGCACAUUACAGGAUUCGACAGUUUCGCUUGGAAUCCACGCCUGUCACAAAGUCUCGUCCGCCAUUGGAAACAAGGCCGUAGGGGAGGCAAUAUCGACGCUACGACUGUGCCAAAUUAGAUUAGUAAAGGCGUAAUUCAAUUAGAAUAGCAAACGUCGAAGUAUUGUUUCGUAGUGUAGGGGCGUGAAAGAGUUUUUUUUUUUUUUGAGACAUGUUAACGCGACGAUUAGAAUCCGAAAUUAUUCAUUUUUUGGCUACAUUAUACUUAAUCGAAUACAUAGCACAUGAGCUGCGAAAGAAAUUCUUAACAGGAUGCUAAGCGUAUAGUCAAAGGAAAUAUA